UCUACACACCUCUUAUUUAUGGUUUCGUGGGCGUUCUAUCGGUCACGCACCCUCUCUGGUGUGUCCCAUCUAGCCUUCUCGCUACCUCUCUAUGGGCUCGUUUGGCUCCCUCUAGGCCUCACUUUCCUUCUCCAUGGUUUCUGCGGGGCCCCUCUACCCCUGACGUUUCCUCUCUGUGGUCUCCCGCGUGGUGCCCUCUGGGAGCCGGGACGCGAGAGCAAGAUGUGGCGGCUGCCUGGGCUGCUGAGCCGAGCCCUUCAUCGCCUCCAUGUGCUGAAUGCUUCAAGCUCUAUCCAUGGGAUCCCAACCCUCCCCAGCAAUGAGGAGUUCCGGAACACCACCUCAGCAAUCAGUGCUGGACAGACUCCAUCUGAACAGAGUUAUUUUCUCUCAGCCGCCUGGCAGAGCAGAUGGGGUCGAGAUGGUUGGGAGCAAGGGAAUGCGCAGAGACCCUUCUUGAACCUGCAGCCUCACUACACAGUCCUCGAUGCCUUCACCUGGGGUGCACUAGCUGCUGUUCUGCAGUUGGCCAGGCAGAUCCCAUGGUUGAGCCCCGUGCCAGGGGCAGGAAGAGAGGACAGGCAUCCCCGAGUGGGUGGGUUCCUCUCUUCUCUGCUGCCUCAUCAGCACUCAGUGCCAGCUGCAGGUUCAUCCAAUUGCCACAGUAACCAGAAGGUGCCCUGCUUCCUGCUGGGAGGGAUUCCAGAUGCUGCACCAGAGAAUCCAUCCUCUGGCAUCCCCUCAGGGCAAGGAAAGCACCAGCUCUGCCCAGAAACAGAGGAGCAUUCAUUCCCUGAGAGCUGCAGCACCAGCCUGGGGCCAGCCUACUGCAGUGUACAGGGGCUGUCAUUUUCCACUCUACAGGGGAAGCCAGCACAGCAGGAACGCCUGGAGGAAGCAGCUACCCAGCUGCAGCAGGUGUUCCGGGUCAGCGUUUCCAUUGCGCUCAAUAUCCUUGGGAUUGAGAGUGUGAGUGAUGGCCACUACAGGGCAGCCUAUUCCUGCUUCAAGCUGGCAGCAGAUCGGGGCUACAGCAAAGCCCAGUUUAACGUGGGCCUGUGUUAUGAGCAUGGCAGAGGCACGGAGAAAGACCUGGCAAAGGCAGCUCUCUAUUACCAUCGUGCAGCCAGCAACGGGCACCCCAUGGCCCAGUACCGCUAUGCCAAGUUCCUUUUACGCCAUGGGCUCAAAGCUGAAGGGGCUAAUGUGCAGAAGGCUGUGACUCUGCUAGAGCAGGCAGCAGCAGCAGGGCUAGUGGAGGCACAGGCCUACCUUGGGGUGCUCUACAUGAAGGGACUGCAGUCUGCAAAGCAGAGGGCUCUGAAAUACCUGUGGCUGGCGGCCAAGAAUGGGGAUUCCCAAAGCAGGUAUCAUGUUGGUGUUUGCUAUGAGAAGGGCCUUGGAGUACAACAGAACUUUGCAGAAGCAAUGGAGCAUUACCAGCGCUCAGCUGCUGCAGGAAACAGACAUGCUCAGGAGAGAAUGCAAGUUGUUGAGCAGGAGAUGGCAGGCUUGACAGCCGCAGAGAGCAGUCAUCCAGCCCCUUCUGGAAUGAGAGCGUUCUCCUCCAGCCCCUGCCUCUGGGUCCUGGAGCAACUAGCAGAGCAGCGCCAGGCCCCUCCGAUGGGAUAUCGUGCUUUACCCCUGCCCCACUCCUGGAGCACAGGCAGUCUGGCGGGGGCUGACGUCAGCUGACUGAGAUGGAAUCCAGCCCCAGAACACACAGCAAGUCUAUCGGAUUCUUCCUGCCUGGAGCCACAGCCAGUGCUCUAUUCUCAGGGGAUAGCACUUGGCUAGUAGGUACAAAUGGAAUCAAUCCCUUCCUGUGGAAAUCAUGCCCAAGAGGAGCAGUAUCGUCCUCCUGUAACUCCACCAGCCCUUGGGGAGAGGCAGCAGUGUGGAGGGGGCGGGGUGAUGGUGGAUGGGGAUAGGCUAUGGUGUUUGGAGAGGAGGGGGCAGUGCAAGUUCUCUAAUGGAACAGGAAUGAUACACGUGCUUCCAGAGCAGUCUCCCUGUACCCUAUUGAUACUACUCUGCACUACCUGGCCUAAUUUCACACUGCCCCAGCCAACCCCGGGCCCCAGCUCCUCCACUCUGCCUUGGCCCAGGGGCCUAACCAUAUGCAUUUACACAGCCUAACCCAGCUCAGCCACCAUGCUUUGUGAACUGGGCCAGCACCUCACUGUCUCUGCUGGCCUGAAGGCCUUGCUGGAGGCUCCUCCUCUGAACACCAGUGCUCUGCUCCAUGCUGGAGCUGCACUUGGCUCGCUGGUCCAUCCCCUACCUGUACUGUCUGGCAGUGUCAUGACUUGCCACCAGGGCUGCAGGUCACACAGUGGCUCUGCACACACAUGUUGCAGCAGUUUAAUUAAAUCAGUUAAAAGCCGAUUAAGUCAAACAGAUGCUGAUCUCUGCCUGCGCCUGUACAUGUACCCACACAAGCUAAACCGAUACAAACAGGGUUUAAUCUGUGUUAAGAGUAUCUUGACACAAAUUGCACUGUUUUAAUUCAGUAGCAAAUUCUCCCUGUAGUCAAACUGGUGCAUCUCUGCAUGUAGGUCUGGCCUCACAACAGCAGCUGUCUGUCCCCUGGCAUCUAUUCUCAAUUCCAGCCUCCAUUCUGCAACUGUAGGUAGCUCCCACUCUGUUUCCAAAACCUGUGGCCUUGCAUUCAAGGCCACUCAGUUUACUUGCUCUUCCUUUGUGAGGCAGGAUGCAACUGGCAGGAAAUCCCUCCAACGGAUUUCCCUACUCUCAUCAUAACCAGGGCUGCUCCUGAGCAUCAUCUCCCUGCUGUGGGCGGAGGGAGGAAGGGGGAGCUGCACCCACCCCCUUCCUUUGUUAUAGAACUCACCGUGCAGCAGGGAGGAAUGAAGCAUAGCAAGGCUAAGCUAGGGGAAUGGAAUUAAUCUCCACUUUAAUUCACUAAUUUAUUGUUGUCUACAAAUAAAUCCAGUGGCUACAUGCAAAUAGUGCAGAGUGAGAAAGUUGGGAAGUUGUUCGUUGUGUUUGUGGGAUGCCUGCAGUCAGAGAUGAGAGCAAGCCCUCCAGUGCUGAGCUCCCCCACAGCCACAAGCACGUCCCCUGUAGCUUGCAGAGGAGUUCAGGCCUGUGGCUGGGCCAGAAUUUGCCUCAGUCAUUUGAUUGCUGAGGAAAAACAAUUUUGUUUUCAGCAGACAGCAAGUAGUGAAGAAUUAGUGGUGUAACUAAUAAUAAGAUGAUGCAAGCAGCAAAUAAUGAGCCCCAUCCUUCAGGUCACUGUUUUUUGCUUCCAAGGAUCUUUGGACAUUUCUUAAAGUAUUUUAGAGAAUCCAGUGUUAGAAGGAUUUGAUUUUUGAAAAAUUACAGAACUCCAAGUGCUAGAGACUUUUUGCUUACAUUGCUCCAUCACCUGUGCCAGCCCCACCAUGUAGAAGGCACUCUCAAGGGGAUGGACAGUUGGGAGCAAGUUCCACUCCCCAAAAUGUCUUUUCAUUUUCACUCCUUUAAAUGGACCCCACCCCAGUGUCUAUUCCUGCUGUGGGUUGCUGUGCACACACACACAAAACAAAGUUUUGUAACUGCUAUGCAUGUGGGAAAGAUAGUGAGAGGGCAGGUGUGAGCAUUCACUAGACAAUUUUGGCCCUGUACUGGUACUGCUAGAUCUUUGCCAGCUCUGGGGAAAUGCUGUUACAUAAAGGGGAGCCAGAAAUGCAGUUGUUUUGGAGCGCUCACCUCAAAAUUUGUAACAAGAGAGACACUAAAGUGGAGCUAUCAGUACAUCUAAACAGAAAGUGCUGCUUAGCCUUAACUAGGCCUCUGGCCAUUGCCAACAAGCUGCCUCCAGCUCCAGAUUACAACCACCUCAGUAUUAACCUGUCUGGUGGAACAUUGAGCAGGUGACAACUGUCAAAUAUUUGGGUAGUGUCAGUGCUGGAGGAUGCUCCUAAGACGUGGACACUCAUACAGCAGAAGCUACUGCCAUGUUUUGGGCCCUUCAUGUGACCUCUGUGGAAAUGUUGGGACAUAAGUUUACCACAAAGCUGUAGGUCUAUAGAACUAUGGUUAUACCAGUUUUAUUGUAUGGAAGUGAAACAUGGGCGCUGAGGAAGGCUGAAGAGCAUGGACUGACGUUUUCAAUUCUUGUCAUCAUCAUCAACUUGCUCCUUAUUUGAGGCAGGACAGGAUCAGAAAUGGGCAGGGGUUUGGUUUUGACAGUUAUCUUGGCAUGGUCAUGUCAGGAUGGAAGAUCAGCUAAUUCUGAAGCACAUGUACCAAGGAAUGCCAUGAACUAGUGGUGAUCACAUGAGUGCCAAAAGCUUCAGUGGUGUGACAAGACUGCCAGUGAUGGACAAACUGUGAAUAUCCAGCCAGACCAGAGAUCAGUUUUAGUGGCACUUGAUCUGCAAGGAAGCCACUCCUACCCAGGGCUCAUUCACUGUCCCCACAGCCCUAUGAGAGUGCCUUCUACAUGGUAUGGCUGGCACAGGUGAUGGAGCAAUGCCAUAAAUACAUGCCCCCAAAACUUAGGUCCCUCUCCUCCCCCAUGUUCUAGUUCUCACAAAUGCACAUGCACAACUCUAAAGCUCACCAUCCACCAUGACUGACCCUCCCUUACAUCCUAUGGCUCAACUGCCCUCCCAUACCCCUAAGGGUCACCCCCCAUGGCUUCACCCCCUCCACAUACACAUCCUUAUGGCUCACCCCCCUCCACAUACACACACCCCUUAGUGCCAAAUUGAAGAUGGUCACAGGGAUGAGCCUUGUGAUUAUUUUUACAGCUGGGUUUCCAUUGUACUUUCCAGGGUCCUCUGCUCUGCUCCCUUCCUCCUUACUGGUCAGCUAUCUCCAGGCUGGGCUUCUAUCGAGCUGGGCUUCUUGCUCCCCCACCCCCUGGCUACACGCUGGACCCUGAUACACUGCAGCCUGGCUCCUGCCCCUGUGGGAAAGCUGGGGAACAUGAGGCAGUUGUGGGCAGUUCCCAGCCAGGCAGGGAUACAGAAACCAUGGUGUCAGUCAUCUGAUGCAGCACCAUGGGGGAUGUGAGAGAAAAAUACUGAAUUCUGAGGCAUUUUGGCAAAAUGUGUUAGUCCACAGCUGUGGAAUCAUAGAGCCCAUGAAGUCUGAGAGAGAGGAACAAGACAGGUCUCACCUCUCCAAGCUAUACUUUCAGUUUCUUUGAAGACUCAGGCAGGCAUUACUGUAUUGAUUACACUUGAUCACAUUUAUGAGACUUUUGUCACAACCACAAAGGCUAAAAAUAUUUUAAUUUUAAAUAAAAUUGAAGAUCCCGGAGUCUGAUUCUGCGGCAAUGUGAAUUCUGCAGCUGGGGUCUUGUCUGUGAGCUCAGGAUUGCUGAAUUUGGGUCUCAGAAUGAAGUUUGCAUGUGAUUGAGUGAGUUCUGUUCAUUGUUUCUCUAGCACAAUCCACUCUGCCCUACCCAGACUCAGGAAAGGGCCUUGCUGAAUUAUGACCCCUGCAAGAGUGUCACUGCCUGUCAGACAGUCAGGUGGCUUCAGUAACUGCAGUGUCUACUGCACUUGCCAUAGUGUUUGUUGCCCAAUUUUCAUGUCCUCCUGCUACCAGAAGUGAAAGCCCAGGUCCAGCUGUGAUGUAGGGCAGAUUGCAGUAUGGUAAAUGCUCUCCUAAGUUACCUUCCCAUGUCAGCAAGGGAGAAACUUGAAAGAGGAAUGCUGGGCCUGAGGCAAAUGGAUGGGAGGUGGGGGCAGAUUGUGAGCAGGAGGGAGGUGCCCAAGUAAUGGGUGGAGAGAUGGGGCUAGGGGAUAGGCCAUGGGCGGAAAGGAGGAAACAUGGUGGAUGGGAAAUGGGACCUGUAGCUGGGCCAUAGG